CUACAAAAUUAACGUAAUUGGAGGGAGUAGUGACUAGCUUUUUUAUAUGUCUACUAAUAUUAUAAUGCCUUCGUUUAUAUCACAAAUAUAAAUAUCAUAUCAUGGCGGUAUAAAUAUGAAUUAAUUUAUUUAUAUUUAGGACACUUAACGUUCUCUAAAAGUUGCCAUGUUUUUUUAAAUUCUGUAUUUAAUUCUUUUCUUAUUCGAUCCCACUUUUGGAUUCCAAAUUGGCUUUUGGUUACAUUUGAUAAAACUCUAUAAAAGCCAUACACAACUCGUUACUCCACUCAGCGCGGAUCCUUACAAUGAAGUAGUUUUCAACGAAGUGAUCUGUAAGCGAGCGUGAGAGAAGUGUUUUUUAAUACUCUCGCCUCGCCUAUUCGCGUCCUUUGACUCUCGCCCCAAAAAUCGACAAAAAGCGGAGUGGCAGCAAGGCGAGACAAAGGCAACACGAGGUGAAACUUGUGCACACUAUCACGCUCGUGUCGCCUCGUGUACAGUGUGGAUGGAGUUUAGUCUUAUUAUUUAAUGUCAUAUUUCAAGAAAACGAAAAUCAUCAACAAACAAAUUGGCAAUUGUCAUUACAAAUUUUGAAUUUAUUAGACAAUUUACAAUAAAUCAAAAAACUGCAAAACCGGGAAUAUUCUAAAAUCUAAAAAAUAUGCUCGAUGUAACAAUUAUUUUGUAAGCAGAGCUUAAUGUUUUUUUAAUUCGUGAAAUGUGUUUUCUAAUUCUAAUUUAACUAUUCAAAUAUAAUUUUAUAUACUUAUUAGGUAAUCUCAAUCGUAGGCACGCCCGAGAUCAAAGCCCUCGCAGAGGGGCUGGCCUGGCCGGGAGGGUGGGUAAAACUUAGAGUCAGCUGUGGGCUGUGGCCUGUAGCCUAUCUGACUGUUGACUGCUCUCACUUCAGUAUCCGGACUUAUUUUGCUUUACUUGUUUGCAAGCCUUUAUCUAAGUAAUACUAUGUAAAAUAAUUGGUAGUUGCAGAAAGGCUAAUUCAUAUCGUUUUACUUAUCUUCUCAAAACCAGUUUGCACAAUUGUCCUUAAACAUGACGACGAUCGUAAGUGAGCUUAGCAUGCACGAUCUAAAUAACAAGUUCUUCGAGAUCAUGCAAAAUGAGAGCAACGCAGAAGAUGCGGCGAAUUUUAUUUACGAUAGUGUUUAUGAAGAUGUCGCAUUAGGGUUCCUUUUCGAGUUCCAUCAUGGUUUAAAGACUGGACUUACGGAUUUGAUAGAGGGGGAAAAGGAAGAAGAUGAAAGCUGUAAAAUUGUUGUCUCACCCGAAUGUGAUGUUUUUGGUUUUUCUGUAUUAAAGAAAACUCCAGAUUCUAACUGUUCUUGUCCUAAUUGUGAGCGGCCAGUAUCUGCUACUCGUUUUGCACCGCAUUUAGAGAAAUGCAUGGGAAUGGGAAGGAACAGUUCUCGAAUAGCAUCAAGACGUAUUGCAUCAAAUAGUCGUGAACCAACCUCAUAUGCUGGACUCUUAAGUGAUGAUGAGGAUGAUGCUGAUUGGUCAGGAAGCUCCAUGCAAAGUGAACGCCGAAAACGCAGAAUCAGAAAUAACAACAACCGGAAGUCUAAUAAAAUGCAUAAUGGUAACAGGAAUAAUAAUGGAAAUCACAAUUCGGAUUCAAAUGAUGGUGCCACAUAUGAGACAAUGAGUGCAAAUGAAAAGAAAAACUUGCUGCAACAGAUCUGUGGUGUUGUUUCUGAACACACAAAGAAACUGUGUAUUAGAUCAACUCGCUGCCCACAACACACUGAAGAACAGAGGAGAGCCCUUAGAAAUAGUGUCUUGGAACCAUCCACUCCAGAAUCUCAACCGUUACUGACAGCUGAUGAUGCAGGAUCACCUCCAGAUUCCAGUCCUUCAUCUUCCUGCUCCUCUUCCAGCAGGAAGCGAGAUAGGCAUCGCGCCUUGAAGAAUAAGAGUAAGAGAAAGAGAAAUUUAUCGCCUAGUGGCAGGGAUUAAGUUUAUUUUAUUAUGUAUUGAUUGACCGUCAACUUGCUUUGGAUUAUGCAAUACUGAUAUACAUUUGAAAAUCAUGAAAUAUUCUUAUUCUUAAUUUUGCAAUCAGUCCUGAGCUAAUUAUAAGACUUGACAAUUGGGACAGUUUGAUAUUAAACUAAAUUAUCAUUUUUAGAAUUUCGUUUAUAUAUUUUUUAGAAGUAGAAGUCAUUGCUACGUUAGCAUUUGUAGUGCUAAAAGCCAAAUUUUUCGGAAAAUUUAAUAAUUACAAUAGAUAUGUGAUAACAAAGAAUGUCAAAAUGAAAAAUAUAUCUUUCAUAAAUCAUUGUCUGAUAAUUUGUAUGAUGUGUAUAUUUCUUGUUUCUGACUCUCAUGGUUCUCCUUUGACUAUGGGACAUCGGUGAAAUCUAUGGCUUCCCCAUCAAGCCAUUUCAAGACUUAAAGGAUCCAAUUUAUUCUAGGUCCAAGUUAUUCGAUUUAUCCUAGGUCUGCUUGACAUACUUUCAAGUUGACAAAUUAAUUUUGACAGUGCUCUUGACUUGAGCUUAGCAACUUUUUCAUAGCUAUACUUUGACAUGUCAUAAGA